CCCUCCAAUUCUUUCCUGCGUCCGCCACUGGACACCAGGCGACCGCGACGCGUCCGGGCACCCCGUCAUCCGCAACCCGAAGACCGCGACGCAGUCUUCCACUGCGCAGACCUAAUCCUACCUCACCGGCGGCGUCCCGGGUCCUCGGCGUUCGGAGGAGACUGGAGUGCUGGGCGCAGACGCAGCGUCCGGCGGGGCGGGGCGAGCCGUGGGCGAUUCAUUCAGGCUUCACUUCGGUUGCCGAAUUGGUAUGUUUGAGCGAAUGGAUCCACUGUAUUUUACUUCUCUGAAAGAAGAAAUGGCAAGAGUUAAAUCAUUCACAUCCAAGCUUCGCCUGCAAUCGGAAUCCGCUGAAGUUGAUGGUCGUAUGCAAACAUGCUGGAGGAGACGCUGCAGGGUGUGGAUUUAGCUGUUCAUGCUGCUAGGCAUUUUCAAAGGCAGGCCUCACACGACUUCUGCCGUCUGCCGGUGGGUUUACCCAUGGACAGCUUCAGUCAUGCACAAACACAGCCAUCUCCUCUGGUACCGUUUCAGCAACCAUUUACCAUCAUUUUCAGUGGUCCGUCUAUGUAUGGAAAAUUUUGGCACGCACUUACCACGCAAGAGAUCAAGAAAGCAAGGGGGUCGCGACACCUGCGAUGCACUGAGAGUUUUGCAUCUCAUGCCAGGGAAGGGAUAUGAUGGCAAAGAGGAAGGUCCGUCCCAUCACCGCAUUAUCAGCGACUGUAUGCAUGACAUCUUGGGAGUUCAAUCAGAAAAUCAUGGUAUGAAGAAUGGAAAAAUACAAUUUGUUAACUCAAGCAGUAAUCCAGUGCAAAUUUUACCCAAUACCAUUGAUUCCCACGAUAUAUCCGCUUGCCCUUUCAUGAAUAAACACUCAAAGGGAAACAAGUUUAUGCUACUUGUGGAGUUGCAUAGAAAAGGAAUAAGUGUGGAUGUGUCUAUUUUAACAUCUGCCGUGAGUUUUUGUGCUGUUAAGCAAUCCAUUAGGGGAGGUGCUCAGCUCCAUGCCCUACUGAUGAAAGUUGGCUGUGACUUGUCUGUCUUUUCUGGUACCUCUCUGAUCAGCUUAUAUGCCAGGUGUUGUCAAUUGGAGAAUGCUUAUCAUAUUUUUCAGAGCAUGCCAGUUAAAAAUACUGUGUCGUGGACAGCACUCAUUUCUGGUUAUGCCCAGGAUAAUCAGAUCGAGCCAUGCCUCCAGGUAUUUCAGUUGAUGAGGCAGUCAGCAUGCAGGCCUAAUGACAUCACAUUUGCCACUAUCUUCAGUGUGUGCACUAACCACGCACUUCUGGCACUUGGUAGAAGUGUUCAUGGUUUAGAACUGAGAAUGGGUUUUGAUUUGUGUGUGCAUGUCUCGAAUGCACUCAUAUCAAUGUAUGCAAAGUGUGGGAGUAUAGAUGAGGCCCAAUCCAUAUUUCAGAGGAUUGCUUGCAAGGACCUGGUUUCUUGGAAUUCCAUGAUCUUUGGAUAUUCACAGUAUGGCCUUGCUGAGCGUUGCCUAAGCUUGCUAAAAGAUAUGGAGGCGGAGCACAUAGUGCCAGAUGUAAUCUCUUUCCUUGGCAUCCUGUCAUCGUGCCGGCAUGCAUGCCUUGUAGAAGAAGGCCGGCUCUGUUUCAAGGCGAUGAUCCAACUUGGAAUAAAACCAGAGCUAGAUCACUACUCAUGUAUGGUAGACCUCCUCGGCCGGGCAGGAUUGCUUGAUGAAGCAUGGAAUUUGAUACAUGCAAUGUCCAUGUCCCCCAAUGCAGUCAUAUGGGGUUCUCUGCUGGCUGCCUGUAGGAUGCAUGGAAACAUUCCGAUUGGCAUCCAUGCUGCAGAGCACCGCCUUAAGCUGGAGCCAGGGUGUGCUGCAACUCAUAUACAGCUAGCAAAUUUAUACGCCAGCAUUGAUUGCUGGAGUGAUGUGGCCAGAGUGAGGAAGAUGAUGAAGGAGAAAGGACUAAAGACGAACACCGGUUGCAGUUGGAUAGAAAUUGGUAGUAAGGUUUAUAGUUUCACAGCAGAGAACAGAUCAAAGAACCACCAAGUAAACGAUGUGCUGGCUGUUCUUGACUGCCUGCGGUCUCAUAUGGUAUACAAGUACGAUGUGCUGAUAGAUGGUCUUGAGUUUGAUGACCCUCAACAUUUUAAUGUAAGUUUUAGCACUGAAUAAAUAUUGGUAGAUCAUAGAUCACCUAACUGUAUAUGAAGAUAGAGGUCAAUUUUAUAGCAAAAAUAGAGGUCUGAGAUAUGAUUCAUCUGAUUGGAUGAUCAGUGUAGCCUUUCUUCCGUCCUUAAUGAUAUUUGGACCUUUUUAAUUGUAACUCUCUAAUAAUUCUUUCUUAAUUGCAUUCUUAUGGAUGAUGGUUUGAGUGGUUUGUAUUUGAAGAAAUAAUAAAUGAUUGGUAAACUUGCAUUAUGUUUUA